AUGCAUAGCAUCCUUGCAACAGCGUCUCUGCUUACAGCAGUGCUUGCUCUUCCCGCUCCUCAGAUGAGCUAUGAAGGCAACCUCGGGAAUUCAGGGCCAGUAGGCGGCGUCAAUCCAACAGCAGUUGCGCCGACUGCCACAGCCGCCUCGGGGUCUCUAUACGGCAGUGAAGCUCUGCUGGGAGAAGUCGCACAGCCCUCUCCCGUUCAAGGUGGUGAUUCUGCCAAAGUUUCGAAUUACCAGCUUGUCAAUGGUCAAGAUGCCGACGCCACGCUUGGGCUCUACCUUGACUUCAACAGUGUGCCAAAUCCUCAACCCUUUAGAGGAGACGCUGGACAAACGGACCCCGGACCUCGAACGUACGAAUACGAAAAGAUCAACUCCGAUAUCUUCGCGCCUCCCGGAACAGACUCGGGAUCUGUGCCUCAAGCCAUGUGGCCAUUAGGACUUAGCCACAACCGUCUGGGUUCUGGCAAGGAUUCAGGAUGGGCCCGGCAACAGAACAAGGACAAUCUCCCCUCUGCAACUGCAAUGGCAGGGGUUGAUAUGCGCCUGGCGCCUGGCGCAUACCGAGAACUGCAUUGGCACACCGCCAAUGAGUGGUCUCUUGUCCUCAAGGGUAGCGUACGACUAUCGGCGGUCAAUGAGAAUGGGGAGACUUUCCUUGACGAUAUCAGCGCUGGUGAUGUUUGGUUCUUUCCUGCUGGAGUUCCCCACUCGAUUCAGGCUCUUGACGAGGGUACCGAGUUCCUACUUGUCUUCGACAAUGGAGACUUCAAUGAAGAUAGCACAUUCCUCGCCUCGGAACUAUUCCUGAGGAACCCGAAGUCCGUCCUCUCUAAGGAUUUACAAACCCCUAUAUCAUCAUUCGAUCACCUUCCGACUGAUCAGUUAUAUAUAUUCAAUGGCACUCCAGCCCCAGCCAAUAUCUCUGAGCAGAACGUCACGUCUCCAUACGGGCAACUCCCAAUCAACGAGUCCUACACUUACCACUUUUCACAACAAGAACCCUAUGUGGUCCCUGGCGGUUCUGUCAAGAUCGUCGACCCGACCACCUUUCCCAUCGCCUCCCAUUUCUCCGCCGCUCUCGUGACCGUUCAACCGGGCGCCAUGCGCGAAAUCCACUGGCACACGACCUCCGACGAAUGGAACUAUUUCCUCGCCGGCAGUGCUCGCAUAACCGUGUUUGUCGCGCCCUCUUCCAGCCAGACAUUUGACUACACCGCGGGCGACGUGGGAUACAUCCCCGCAGCGAGCAGCCACUACAUUGAGAAUACUGGGACGGAAGAUGUCGUCUUCUUGGAGGUGCUGCAGGCGCCCAAGUUCACCGACAUCUCGGUGGCGCAGUGGCUGGCGUUGACGCCGAGUCAGAUCGUGAAAGAUACUCUGGGUCUGCCGGACGACGCGAUUGCGGGAUUGCCGAAGCAGAAGACGUAUAUCAAGCCGGGGAACACGAAUCUUACCGCGCUUGCUGGUGGUGGUUCGGCGUAUUAG